AUGAUUUCUCCUGCAAAAAUUAUCAAGAUUACAAAUAAACAUGAAAAAUCUUUCUUUAUAUUUUUUUUNAUAGAUAAAAUUUAUUUUGUUUAAUAUUUAAGUAUUUCAAAGACUUUAAAUGAAGAAGAUGAAAAUAUUUGUAUGGAUGUGAAAGCUAUUAAAAAAAUUAUUAAAUAAUUUCUAGAAUUAUAUUAAGAUGAAAGAAUUUAGAAAUUGUUAGAAAAUUUAAAAAAAGUAAGUAAUAUAAAUAAUAAAAAACAAUUUAAAGACAUGAUUGAAAUAGUUAAUCAAUUUAUUAAAGAGUAAGCAUUUAAAAUCUAAAUUUAGUUUUGUUGAUAUAUCUAAAUAAACAAUGAAGAAAAAUGAAAUUGAAGAUUAUCAUAAAUUUCAAAAAUAAAGAUAUUAAUGUGAAAAAGAAUUGCUUAUUUAAUUAGAUGAAAUAUUAAAAUUAAAUAUUCAAUUUGAAGAAAAUAUAGUAUAACCAACUGAAUAAGAAAUAUAAUAACAAAAUAAUUAUAAAGAAUAAACACUAAAAAUCUAAUAAUACUUCUUAAGUUAUUUUUAACCUUUAUUUGUGAAAUAAUUCUAAUAAUAUUAUGGAGAUAAAUUAUAAAACUCUUAUUUAAUAACAGGAAUUACAAAAAAUUAAUAUUAUGAAUUACUAAAAAAGUAUAUAGAAAAAGAAAGGUAAAGAGCAAAUAGAGCAUUUGAAUCUAUUGAUAAAACAAUUAAAGAAUGCUUAACUUAAUCAAAAUUAAUCAAAGAAAAACUACUUUAAGAUUUUAAAUUUUAAAUUGAUGAUAUACCUUAAGACUAAAUCUUUGAAAUAUUUUUAAAGUUUUUUAUUAAGAAUUCAUUAUGGUGGCAUUCAUCAAAAUAAAAUACAAAUAAAGUAUAAGAUUAAUCAAAAUAAGAAUCAUUUACAGCUAAUAGUUUAUCAUAAGAUGUAAUUGAAAUUUAGGAUGAAGAAUAAUUUAAAGUUUAUGACUUAUCAAAAGAAGGAUCAUACAAAGAAGUGAAUUAAAAAGUCUAAGAUGAUGUUAUUAAAUUUAUUCAAGAUCAUUAUGAAUUGGAAUUAACUUUGAAAAUCCUUUAAUUAAUAGAUGAAUUAAUAUGA